ACUCGAUUUGCCGAGAGGAAACCAGUCAAUGGGAGGGCUGCAUUUUUACAGCAGGCGGGAUAUCAAAGUCUUGAAGAAUAACUCAUUGAUCAGUCUCCAACAAGGCAUAGAGUUGGUCGUGUAAACCAUUGCAAAGAAGUUAUUUGGGGGAAAACGUGCGUGCUAUUCCUUAAACGACAAUUUCUUAUUUUCACUUGAACGAACAAACAGGGCAGCUGCAAUGUGGAUUCAAGUGCGCACAAUGGAUGGGAAGGAAACCCAUCGAGUGGAUUCCCUGUCCAAACUUACCAAGGUGGACGAGCUGCGUCUCAAAAUCAUGGAGCUCUUCAAGGUCGAGCCGGAGAGGCAGCGGCUGUUCUAUCGCGGCAAGCAGAUGGAGGAUGGCCAUACCAUAUUCGACUACAAUGUGGGACUAAACGACAUAGUGCAACUGCUUGUUAGGCAGAAGAUGCCCCCAGCUGUUGUUGUCAAAAGCAAGGACAAAGAAGCUGAGCUCUCUGACUCUGACUCUGGCUGUGGCUCAACCCAGAGCGAGUCUGACAAGAGUUCCACUCACGGUGAGGUAGAGGGUCAAACUGCCGGCACCUCUGGCCAGACAAACACCCCGGAGCUCAUCGAUCCAGGGUUCGGAUUUUACAAGAUCAAUGAGCUGGUGGAUGCAAGGGACUUGAACAUGGGCGCAUGGUUUGAGGCCCAGAUUCUGAAUGUUACGAAGACAACAAAGACGCCUAAAGAGGAGGCGGCGGAGGCACAACCAGACGAGGAAGAGAUACUGUACCAUGUUAAAUAUGAAGACUACCCAGAGAAUGGGACGAUUCAGUUGCUGGCCAAGGAUGUUCGUCCGCGGGCCCGUACUGUGUACCAGUGGCACCAGCUGGAACCAGGAAUGAUCGUAAUGGUCAACUACAACCCAGACGACCCCAAGGAGCGUGGCUACUGGUAUGACGCUGAGAUCCAGAGGAAGAGGGAGACGCGCACCCUGCGAGAAAUCUAUGCCAAGAUCAUUCUUGGUGAUGCUGGUGACUCCCUUAAUGACUGCCGGAUCGUGUUCCUUACUGAAAUCUACAAAAUCGAAGAACCUGGUUCUCUGAGUGACAGCCCAGCUGGAUCUGAGAGUCCACUCAAAAGAUCAAAUGGACCUGAGUGCAAGCACUGUAAGGAUGAUCCCAAUAAAACCUGUCGCUGGUGUAACUGCCACAUCUGCGGUAUCAAGCAGGACCCGGACAAACAGUUGCUGUGCGACGAAUGCGACAUGGCCUAUCACACCUACUGCCUGAACCCCCCACUCACCUCCAUCCCUGAAGACGAGGACUGGUAUUGUCCAGGUUGCCGUAAUGACACGAGUGAAGUUGUGUUGGCUGGAGAGAAGCUGAAGGAAAGCAAGAAGAAAGCAAAGAUGGCUUCCGCCAGCUCUUCCAGCCAGAGGGACUGGGGCAAGGGAAUGGCCUGUGUUGGUCGAACCAAGCAGUGCACCAUCGUCCCGUCCAACCACUACGGCCCGAUCCCCGGCAUCCCUGUCGGCUCCUUGUGGAAGUUCAGAGUACAGGUCAGUGAGUCUGGAGUCCACAGGCCACAUGUAGCUGGAAUUCACGGCAGGAGCAAUGAUGGGGCCUACUCUCUGGUCCUGGCUGGAGGUUAUGAAGAUGAUGUGGAUGAUGGUAAUGAGUUCACCUACACCGGCUCUGGAGGGCGAGAUCUGUCUGGAAAUAAGAGGACUGCUGAGCAAUCAUGUGAUCAGACACUUACCCACAUGAACCGGGCACUGGCUCUCAACUGCAACGUCCCUGUCAACGACAAAAACGGAGCGGAGUCCAAGAAUUGGAAGGAAGGCAAAUCGGUUAGAGUUGUGCGCAGCUGCAAGGGUCGCAAGCACAGUAAAUAUUGUCCCGAGGAAGGAAACAGAUAUGAUGGGAUAUAUAAGGUGGUGAAGUACUGGCCAGCCAAAGGCAAGUCUGGCUUCUUGGUCUGGCGGUAUUUGCUGAAGCGUGAUGAUGAUGAGCCGGCACCGUGGACAAGAGAUGGCAAGGAACGCAUCAAGAAGCUUGGUCUCACCAUGCAGUACCCUGCAGGCUAUCAGAAAGAGAAGGAGAACAAAAAUGAAGUGGAGGAGGAGGCGGCAGCGGCGGCGGCAACACCCAGCAAGGCAAAGAGGAAGCGAAAAUCUCAGGGCAGUGAAUCCUCCAAGACCUCACCAGCCAAGACUCCUAAGAAAGUCAAGGUAGAGGUGUACAAGCUUUCCCAGGAGCAGAAAGCCCUUAUCAAGAAUGACAAGCCAAACAAGAAGCUGUGGGACGAGGCCAUGGAGUCGCUGUCACUUGGACCGAAAUUUUUGAACAAGGUUGAAGAAGUUUUCCUCUGCAUUUGCUGCCAAGAAGUGGUCUAUCAGCCCAUCACCACAGAGUGCCAACACAAUGUCUGCAGGGAAUGCCUUCAGCGGUCCUUCAAAGCAGAGGUGUACACCUGCCCGGCCUGCAGACACGACCUGGGCAAAAACUACUCCAUGACUGUCAACAAAUCUCUGCAAGACAUUCUAAAUCUGUUUUUCCCAGGGUACAGCAAUGGGCGAUGAUCAUUGGUUCUGCUGACUCAGCCCUCGGGGAAAACGUGAUGUAAACUGUAAGGGGAAUUUUCAGUAGAGGCAAUAAAGAAUCAGUUUCUCUUAAUAUAUUUUUUAUGAUUAUAAAAACUACAAUUUUUUUUGUGGACUUCAAUGCUACCAUUUUUCACCUUGGAUCUGCCACGAUGUGUAGUUACUGAUGAAUCGAAAAUUCCUUUAUAACUUCCUGUGCCAUUACUCCGUUAAUACCUUCAACCAUGAUUUUACUCCCAGUGUUUUUGUUCUGUUCCAUUAACUAAUGCUAUUGUUCUCAAUGAUGUAAAAUUGUUGUUACUUUUAACCGAAUCCCUCCGUGUUUAGCACUCCUUAAGAGAACGUUAAGUCAAAAGUGGUUAAGCCGUUUACCCAACUUGUUUGGAGAUGCGUUUGUACAAGAUUAUUAUUAGAAUCUGGAUCUAUUGUUAGUUUGGAUGUGGCUGGUUGUCAUUUUGGUGCAGUGUUUUCAAUCUGAUCAGGCUGACGGGAUUUUAAUUGGUUUCCAUUCACAUCUGACCUGGAAGGCUCAGUAUUUCUACUUUUUAUAGAGUCUCCCGCUUGUUUUGUUUGUCUCAGUGUUUGGAAACACUAUGCUGCUUGAUUUGCUGUUAAGAAAUCAGUUGACAAACCAGACAAAAAUAGAAAAAACAGUCAAGCUAAUGUCAUCCUGACAGAUACCAAAUGUGACACUUGUUUUGUCCUGCCAUGAUCAAAUGAUUGAAAUUGCAUUAACAUGACAAGUGAACAAAGCCCUUUUUUGAGGAUGGAAGCUCUCUGAUUCUAAAGCUGUUUCAUAAAAUGUAGAUGAGACCUAAUAUACAAGCACAAACUGAACCAGCUAAAGUGUUUUUUUUUUUUUUUUUUUCUCUCCCCCCUCUUUUCUCUCUGCACUUCACCAGUCUCAAGAAGUGUCUUGUUGGGAAAACUGUGUCAUCAAACUUGCUGGGAUUUUCUACCUUGUGUAUUGUUUGCCUAUAUAUUUUUAUACAGUGAUUUCUCUAUUUGUAUAUGAAGUUUCUGAAAGUUGGUUUAAAAGUUGCUAUGAAUUUGAUAAAACCUUUAAAAGCCCAUUUUAAAAAGCCACUUUGUUCUGUGGCAGAUUUGGAUUUCCCCAGUUUUGAAAAGGAUCACUUCGAUAAAGUCCAAAGAAACCCAAGUGCUAAACAAAGAGUGUAAUAUAGAACUCCCAUCUAUCUAGCUCUUUAGAUUUUGUCCCUGACACUUAAACCUAAUUGAGUCUAGAAACUUUUUUUUUUUUUGCUAAAAUUAAAAUGUGUACUUUUUCAUCUUUUAUAAUCUAAUACUGCCAUCUGUGGGAGGGGGCUGUUGAGUCAGAUUUUUGUGUCUCCUGUGGUCACUUGUGUUACCUGACCUCAUUUAAAAUAAAACAAAACAAAACAAAAAAAAAAA